AAAUUAAUUAGAAUUUAAAAAAUUAAAAAUUCUACAGCGAACUGAAAAUUUGUUGGGUUCUUAAAUUUUUUAUAUUAUUAUAAACCUAAGGGUUAAACUUCAUUAACACUGUAUACAAUGAAAUACAUUUCGUUUACCUUAAUCGUAUCUUUAUUUUUUGCUGGUUAUGUUAUCAAUACAAUAUGGAAUUUAGCUGAAAUAUUUAUACCGCCUGAAUGUAGUCGUGGCGAAAAAUGUUUUACGUCUUAUUUAGCUUCAAAUCCUGUGCAGUGUCUAGUGUUAUUUACUUCAGUUACCGAAAAUCCUUAUAGGGAGGGGAUAUCGGGUGCGUCUGUAAAUAAAGUCCACACAUCUUUAAAAUUUGAUUACCGCAAAUCUUCAAAAAUGGUUGUUAAUUUAAAAAUACCUCGUCGUACUCGAAAUAAUGGAUCUUUUUAUAUGCAUGCUGUACUAUUGGAUGAAAAACGUCUGUAUGAUGAUUUUAUUGAUAUAUUUAAGACAGAAGCUGUGCAUACUUUGCCUCUUGUCACAUUUAUGGAACCACAGGCAGAAAUGUUCAAUCUUCUACAAGCUAAAACAGAAACGAAAGCCCCACUGAAUAAACUUAAACCAUAUGCCCAUAUAACCACCGAGGCACCGCUGUCAAUAUUGACAGAUAAUUUAAACUUGCCUCCUAAAAAAAUUCCUGGGGAAUUAUAUGCCUAUUUGAGGAUUAAACAAGGAAAAUUUUUGCCAAUAAUCCAGCAUAAUGUUUUAAAAUCACGUAUAUCCCAUUUACAAUUACUAAAUAGCAGUAGUUCAGAAGUGAAUGUGACUGUAGAUGUGGCACCAACAUCAUAUGGUGUGUUAAGAUUGGCAUUGCAUGUAAAAUUGGCACUAGAGCAACUUCAGAUGCUUGGCUUCAGUGAGAAGGAUGUGGAUGAUGUUAAAGGAAUAUUUGCUGACACAAAUUUGUACCUUCUAUCUGCAACUGUACUAAUUGCAAGUUGUCAUCUGCUAUUUGAUUUCUUGGCGUUCAAAAAUGACGUGUCGUUCUGGCGUAGUAAGCGGUCUUUAGCCGGACUGUCGGCACGCACUGUAUUGUGGCGGGCAUUCUCCCAACUUGUCAUCUUCUUUUAUCUGAUUGAUGAACAGACGUCCUUACUGGUUCUAGUGCCAGCUGGUGUUAGUGCUGUUAUUGAGUUGUGGAAAGCUAGCAAAGUUCUGCACGUGCGUGUGUCCGUAUCAGGCGGGCGUGUGCGCGUCUGGCGCGAAGAGGGUGACGCUGGCGAACAGCAAACGGCACGAGCGGAUGCAGAGGCCAUGCGCUACCUUGCCCUCGUGCUGUACCCACUCUGUGCCGCUGGGGCCCUUUACUCGCUGCUGUACGAGCCACAUAGGAGUUGGUACUCAUGGGCGCUGCAUAGCGUUGUAAAUGGCGUGUACGCAUUUGGGUUCAUACUGAUGCUGCCGCAGCUUUUCGUGAAUUAUCGGCUGCGGUCGGUCGCAGCACUCCCUUGGCGUGCCUUCAUGUAUAAAGCUUUCAACACCUUCAUUGACGACGUUUUCGCCUUCAUCAUCACGAUGCCCACGGCACACCGCGUGGCCUGCUUCCGCGACGACAUCGUGUUUCUCAUAUAUCUAUACCAAAGAUGGCUGUACCCUGUUGACAAAUCGCGUAUUGAUAGCGCCCUCAGUAUGGACGAGAACCCUGAUGAGUUGGAACCUGCCAAGGAGAAGGCUGAUUAAGGUUGUUACUAACAGGCACGUUUCCUAAUCAACUUCGUAGGUCCGGAUGUAGAUCACAAAAACUGACAAACGAACGGAGACGCAGAACGCAGUGACUGGAGCUAUUUGCACAAUAGUCGUUAAAAAUUAUAGAUAAGUUUGUGCUAUCAUUUAUAAAACGGCAAAGGCUAAAUCUGGAAUUGCUGUUAUUAACGCUUAAACGAAUUUAUUUUAAUGUAUGUGACUGUAUUUAUUGUCUGGCGUGUGUUGUACAACACCUAUGUUGCUCAAAAAUGUUUUAAAAUAUAUUUCAUCAUUGUUAAUAAGCUUAGCAUCUAGUUUAGGAAGUCCUAAUAAAAAAUACUUUGCGACAGGUGUGCUCUGGACUUAUAUGGUCCGUGGUCAAGCAUCAAUUCCAUACUGGGUUAACAUGACCGGCAUUUCUCUUUUUACAGGAAAUUUGUUCAUUGCAAAAUAGAUUUUAACACAAAGAUAUAAAGACGCUACUACAAUUCACUACAAUUGUAAUUAUUAUAUUGAACGUAAUUGUAUUCUAAUAGAAGUGGUAGAGUCUCAAUUAUAGUGAGUCACGCCGCUUCGAUGUUUUAGACGUAGUUAGAUAAAUAUAAUUAUUUUAUUUUUAUAUGUAUUUAGCAUGUACUUUGUUGCAUAUAGAAUUAUUAAUGACAGGUUAUUCUAUGUGUACUAAAUGACAUCAUCUCAUCUAGAAAAAUUGCGCUUCCUUGUUCCUUCCUACCAGGCUCGUAAUCGUGCUCUGUUUCAUGUUCUUCCCAUCAACAUCAACUAUGCAAAAAACUCAGUUUUGUAUCGCGCAGCCCGGCCUUGACUCGUUUAUUCUAUCGCGGAGUAUGGUUAAAAGGAGUAUUAAAAAUAUCCAUAGCGCAAAAUCACCUGCAUCAUGAGCAUACCCCACUUUUACACCAUCACACAACAGCCAAAUUAGAUACCACUUAGUUAAAUGUAUCGAAUAGUUUUUGUUGUUUGUUCCCUUUUAUAAAUUGUUGUACCUACGUAAUCCAUCUCUGGCUAUAUUUUUAGCGUAAUUGUUUAUUAUAUAAUUUUUUUAGAUGUAGGAUUACAAAAUAAAUAGCAAAUGAAUUGAGCGAAAAUUAUUGCCGUUGAAGUAAGUGCACAAAACCUUUGUUUAAGAUUUAAAAUUACAAUUUUGUUUGUCCUAUAGUUAAUUUUGUAUAAUGUUGGAGUGACUGGCGGGUUAUAAAUAUGUAUUUUCGCUUUUUCAUUUUCUUUUCAUUCUAGUAAAUACGUGAUAUCAAAAAAAUUGUCGAUUUUUGUUUGAUGAAUCAGGAGUUAUGUAAACAGUUUAAUAGAAGAACUUGCUUAACCGUAGCUUGCAACAUCUGUCGAGCUACUCUAUUUUUCAUUGCAAUUUCCUUAUAGAUUUUUCAAUAAAGAUUGGGAUCGAGUUUUGAAAACUUAACGGGAGUAUUAAGGUAACGGAACUAAUUACUAUAUGUUUUUAAAUAAAGAAUUCGACCGCCGUCAUUGUAUGUUAUUUUCACUAAGAUAUACCUAUUAUGACUAGAUGGGAAGCAAGUACGGUAUUAUCGUUAUGAAUAAAGGAUUUGUAAUUUCAUCAGCAUAACUAAAUUAUGAAAAAAUUUGCCUUCGAUUUUGCUCGUCGUGAAUACCACUAGAAUUAAACGCAUUAUUUAUUGUUUAUCGAAAGAGAGGCUUGCGUUUUAAGGCUCCAAAAAAUAAAUAGAGGCUGAUUAAAUUUUAUCUAUCUAUAUAUAUAUAUAUAUAUAUAUA